AUGGGAAACAAGAGUUCCCACAAGAGGACCAAAGUGCCCAAGCAGGUUGGCAAGGAGAGGCCACCUGAUAUGGACAAGGCCUGGGGGAAACAGCAGCUCUUCAGCCACCUUAGGCAGUCAGGCACCAAGAUCGUGCUACUUCCCCCUCCGGACAAGCAGCAGCAGCGGCUGGCUGAGGUGGCGGCAGGCCCGGGCACUCGGCCUGGGCAGCAGAAUGAGGAUUCAGUGGGUGCCCCAGUGGGCUCCGCAGCGGCGCCACCCAGAUUGCGAGGGGCUGGCGACAGUGCAGAGCACGAGGCUUACACUUACGUGAGUGGGUCUUCAACUUGCAACCAAAAUGGUCCUAAAGAGAAAAAUGAGACUCUGCAGAGACCAGAAGUGGCCUCUUACCUGGGCCGCCGGCCGCCCUCACUGGGCCGCAUGGCCGUGGUGGUGGACCAGGGCUCGGGCUUCACCAAGGCGGGCUUCGCGGGCGAGAACCGGCCGCGGCUGGUGCUGAAGAGCUCCAGUCUAGUGCCCAGCUGGGAGCUGCCCGUGCUGGCGGGUGGCCCGGCACGGGCGCACCCCAUCAAGCACGGCGUGGUGGUGGACUGGGAGGCGCUGGAGGGGCUCUGGGAGCGCCUGCUGGUCGGCGGUCUGCGGGUAUGCCCAGAGCAGUGGCCCGUGCUGGUGAGCGACUCGCCGUCGGCGCCACCCGCAAGCCGCGAGAGGGUGGCCGAGCUGCUGUUUGAGGCCCUGGCGGUGCCCGCGUGCCACAUGGCCAGCACCGCGUCGUUGGCUCUCUGCUCUGCUGGCACGUUCAGCGGGCUGGCCGUGGAGGCAGGUGCAGGCGUGUGCCACGCCACACCCAUCUAUGCGGGCCACUCGUGGCACAAGGCCACCUUCCGGCUGGAGGUGGCAGGCACCACCCUGUCGCGCUACCUGCGGGAUCUGCUGGUGGCAGCAUGCCCUGACCUACUGCUGAGGACCCUGCCCCGAAAAGCCAUCACACAGCUCAAGAAGCGCUGCUGCUAUGUGUCGCUGGACUUUGAGGGUGACCUCCAUAACCCUGCCCACCACCAGCCAGUCAGUUUCUGCUUAGGCAAUGGAUGCUCUGUCUGCCUCAGCAGCGAGCGCUUCCGCUGCCCUGAACCCAUCUUUCAGCCUGGUCUGUUGGGCCACACUGAGCCUGGAUUGCCCACACUGGCCUUCUGGGCGCUGCAGAGGGUGCCUGAAACACUGCGGAGGCGGCUGGCUGACACUGUGGUGCUGGCUGGUGGCUCCACACUUUUCCCUGGUUUCACUGAGCGCCUGGAGAUGGAGCUGGAAGCCCAGUGUCAGCAGCACGGCUAUGGGGCACUGCAGCCACACUUGGUGGCCAACCCUGGGCGUGGCACAGCAGUGUGGACAGGUGGAUCCAUGGUGGCCUCACUGCACAAUUUCCAACGCCAGUGGAUGACCCGGGCCAUGUACCAAGAGUGUGGCGCCAGGCUGGUACACAAAGUCUUCAACUGA